AUGGCCAAGGUUGCCUACUCCUUUGCAGUGUUGGGCCAUGCCACCGACGAGCCUCGACUGUUCCGAGCUUUGGCUGCCGAGUCAACCAGGAGAAUUGCCCUUGUCGGUGCCCAGGACCUGGCGAACAUGAUGCAAGCUCUGGUCUGGUGCAAAGCUGCCGAGGCAAUUUCGGCGAGCUCCGAGGUUCAGCGAUUUCUUGUGGUGGCUUCCAGGAGGUGCGUCGAGCUGUGCAAAUGUGCAAUUCCGAAGGACUUAUGCUGCUUCGCAUGGUCAUUCGCAUCGUUGGGAAAGCACUAUGACAUCGUGCUCCCAGCCGUCGCAGAAGCUUCCGUCCACCGAAUUCCUGAUUUCAAUCCACGGUUUCUGUGUGGUCAAUUGGCCUGGGCGUUCGCAGCUAAAGGCAUUUCGAACGGCCCAUUGUUCGGUGCCAUUGCAGAUGCUGCUUCGGACGAGAAGUGUUGGUAUGCCCCGCGAGACAUAUCGAAUCUGGCAUGGUCUUUCGCGAUGCUUGGACGCCGACACUUUUCGUUGUUCGACUCUUUGUGCGGCCGAGCAUUGCAUGCCCUGGAGCAGUUCAACAGCCAGGACCUGGCCAAUAUGCUGUGGGCCUACUCUCAUUUGGGCAUCAGAGCACCUGUGCUCUUCUCGGCCGCAGAAGCGCGGGUGAAAGAAACGAUGUGCGGGCACAGCCUUCAGGAGCUCUCGAGUAUCGCUUGGGCUUAUGACGCCGCGGAUAUGAUGAGCUCUCAGCUUUUCGAAGCGAUAGAGCAUGAGUUCGCAAGAAGGCUGCGUCUUGGGCCUGGCAAAGAAGCGGCCGCGCAACGAGCCCGUGAUGUGAAAGCACUUUUGAGACAGUUGAGGUCCGCGGGCCCCGUGCGAAGGGAGACAGAAAAGCGCGCAGAGGCAGAGCUUCGACAGUUAGGCAACAUCCAGGAUGUGGUCCUGCCGGUUGAGCACCCGAGUGAAAGAGGCUUCAGUGUGGGCUCUGAAGAGAUGCCGCGUGUAGUUUUGGAUCUAUCUGAUCGAUCGGUCUUCUACAAGCCUCCAGGCUGGGAAGUUCAGAGUCCUGAUAGCCUUGGACAUCACCAGCUCUCCGCAUUUGUGCGAUGGACCGUGCCGCAACGUUGCCCCAUCGUCUAUGACGUGCAGAGCUCUCACGGCUUCUUACACCGCUUGGAUGUGUCCACGUCUGGCCUCGUUCUACACGCUAAGAGCUAUGCAGCCUACCACGAUCUUGACUUGCAGCUGCUGCGCCGCGAGCUGGAUCGGGAGUACCUGGUCCUCGUGCAUGGCCUGGUCCCACCCGCUCGCACCACUUUGGACCUGCCUGUCUAUGUCGAAAAGGAUUCGGAGAGCCGCCCAAGCCAAGUGGCCGUGCCUGGGGCACGACGGAGUCUUAGCCACUUGAAGGUUCUUGCCCAUCUCGGGCUUCGGCAGUCAUGCAGCCUGCUGGCGAUGAAAAUCGACACUGGCCGACGCCAUCAAAUCCGAGCUCAGACCGCGCACGUUGGUCACCCUGUUGCUUGUGACUGGCUGUAUACCACGACGACGACACAUUCUGCAGAUAAGGAGUGGUGUGGCCGCACUUUUCUGCACCGCAACCGGCUGGCUUUCAAGGAUAAGAAUGGCAAACGGCACGACGUGACCCAUGUGAUGCCAGCAGACCUGCGGCAAGCGCUCGCGACAUGUGCAGCGAAGGAUGCGGUGUCGCAUCUAGCUGUGAAUGCCUUGACUACAAGAAGCUUUGCAGAAUAUGUGGUGCUUUCCAGAGAUGUCGGCGGCACACAGAAAAAGUUUACUCUUACUAGUUAG